AUGCAUGAUAGAGUCUCCAGUGGUGAGGAAUCCAUUUUUUCACAAAAUUCCCGAGAUUCAACCGACGAAGCCCAAGGUAUAAAUGAGAAUCAAACGUAUAUCGACGGGAAGACAAAGCGAAUAGAGAAUGGCAGCUCUAAUCUCGAGGUAGAAUGUAACGAGACCAAACCUGCUAUGCGGAGGGGGUAUUAUGGUGUAAGUGAAUCUCAGAGGCGUCCAACAGGAAAUAAAAGAGGACUGAGUGCUCUUUUGGAGGACGCGUAUCGAUUCUCAGCGCAUGAGGAUUUUUCCCUCCCGGCGGGGUUUCUAAGAACCCGACGAAGAGGACAAGAGGUUUUCACGUCUGACCAUGCAGAUGAGGAUAAAUUGGCACCAGUCGAGAACAAGCGUGCAAAAGCCGCGGAGACUAACGUUAAGGCGAAUGAUAACAUUGAAGCUUCGAACAGCGUCAAAAAGACAGCUGUCAAAACGACAGGACGCAAUCCAUCGGCAGGUCACAACAAAAUUCAGGAGUUAGCUCCUCGUCGGCGGAGUCAGCGAAAUAGCACGUCUCAAAAUCUUACCAACGUUAAGUUAGCAAAAACUUCGCAUAAAAAGGCAAAAGCAUCUACUUCUGAGUCAAAUACCAUACAGGAUUCUUUCAUUCCAGACUUAACGAAAGUGAAAGAUAUUUCACACGAGUUAUUUGACCUUGAAGGUUUAGAAAAUGAGGAAACGUUCACAGAGAAUCCCGUUCCAUCGACGGCAUUGUCGAAACAUUUUGAUAGCCGUUGCAUGCAAGUUGGACUUAAGUCGAUCUUAUUCUCGAAUUAUGAGGAAAAAUAUGUGAUAAAUUUCUCGGCUGAUUCGGCGAAGUACAAUCCUAUGGCUGAAAUUGGGCGCUUAAUCGAGUACACGAUAGCAAUAUACUUUCCUCGAAGCUACCUUGAUGAAGCUAAAAAAACGGUCAUUUUGCCAUUAAACAAAUCGUUUGACCGUGGUGAUGCUGAGGAAUAUCUGAAAGCUGUCAAUGCCUACAAUGAGCUGAUCAAUCGAAUCCCAAGACAGAAUGUCCUUAACAGGCUCAGACACUUGAAUGGUGUUCCAGUAACGUUUUUGCAUGAAUUGCUGCACAUUGCUUACGUUAGAUCAAUCCAUCCUAAAGCUAAUUCUUUGAAACAAUAUCAAGCCUUCAGUAACUACGUGUAUGGCGAACUACUUCCGCCAUUUUUAUCAAAAGCUUUUGCACAAUGUCAUUUGAAAGGAGGAGACAUUUUCGUCGAUCUGGGUUCGGGUGUAGGAAAUUGCGUUUUACAGGCCUCUUUGGAAUGUGGUUGUGCGUUGAGUUUCGGCUGUGAAAUAAUGCCAAAUGCCAGUGAGCUCACAGAAAUACAAAAUGAAGAAAUGCAACGUAGGUGUAAGCUUUUUGGCUUGAAAGUAAAUCCAAUCGAGUUUUCUCUGCGGAAAAGUUUCGUAGGUAAUACGCGCGUGGAUGAUAUUUUAACAAAAUGCGAUGUCCUGCUCAUCAACAAUUUUAUUUUCGACUCUGCCAUGAAUACCAAGAUUGAGAAAUUAAUUCAGAACCUCAAGGUAGGUUGCAAAAUCAUUUCUUUAAAGAACUUAAGGGGUUUUGGAUACUCAAUCGAUUUCAAUGAUGUCGACAAUAUUUUAAACAGACUUAAAGUCGAGCGCUUCGAAUUGAGCGAGGGAAGUGUCUCGUGGACACAUCGUGGAGGUGAGUAUUUCAUUUCUACUGUUUUAAAUGACAUCGACGAAUCGAUUUUCACAACAUAUUCGAAGGGACGUGUUCGACGUUCAGCAAAACCUUUGAAAUACACCAGAUGA